AAAAAAAAAAAAUUAAAAAAUCCAUUGUGUUUUUUGCUUUUUUUUUUUAAUUCGUAUAGGAAAUUGUUUAGCAAAUAUAACCUUAAAUAGAAUGCAUUCACGCGGCUCUUACUCCCGGUCUGCGGACUCGAGACUUUCCGGCGACUUUGAAGAUCCUCGUAAGCGUGGCAUCUUGCGGAACACGAGCUGCCACUCCUAUCGGCAGCAGCUGCAGAGCAGCCAGCAUGCCAAUAUGCUGCAGGGCCUGAUGCUACUGACGGGCAUGGCCACAUUGGUGUUGGUGCUCUGGCUGCAGAGCAUGGAAACCACAUCAGAUGAUCAACUUAGCCUGCAAUCGUGCAUAUCCAGCUCACUGAAUGCCCUCUGGCUGGGCGUAUCGGGCAUCCUAGGUCUGGACACCGUAGCAAAAAGUGCUCACAUCCAGUACCCGGAUCCAGAUUCGCCACGUGCCUUUCACUGCAAUCAGAAACUGGACACGAUGCGCAUAUUCCGUCAGAUCAGCAAACAGGUGAUCAACCAGGAGCAGGCACUAGCGCGACUAGAACGCGCCGCCAAGAGCAACAGACCAUUGCGAUCGGUGGCUCUGCUUGGUCCACCGGGCGUGGGCAAAACACUGACCGCAAUGGUGUUGCGCCAACAGUUUCCCUGGCCGGAGAACGUGCACAGCUACUCAUGGAGCACCUAUGUCCCGGACGACGCCCACAAGUUCAAUGUGAUACGCAACUUUGUAGAGGAGCUGUCCAGCUGUGGCCAAAAUCUGCUGAUUAUCGACAAUCUGUCGCCCUGUGACUACAGCUUUGUGCCCAUCUACAACAAGCUGCUGCUGGAACGCGAGGGCGACUCCCACAAGGCGGCCAAUCAAAGUGUGCUGGUGAUUUACAUAUUCAACCUGGAGAUGCAAUACUAUUGGCAGCAGUACGAGCUGCUGCAGCAGCUGCCCAUGGAAACGACCAUCAUUAACUAUCGCCCGUUCGGACGAGCCGAAGUGUUGGACUGUCUGGAGAACGAGUUGCGCUUGGAGCAGCGUACGCUGGACUUGCAAGCAAUCUCCCACAUCGUUGAGGAGGUGAUGCUCGAUGUCGAGGACGCGGGCUGCAAGCGCAUACGUCCACUCCUGAUACAGCACGGUCUCUCGGAUCCACAUUAAGUCAAGCUAUCGUCGUUGCUAAUCCAUUCCAAGUUUCGUCUAAAAUUUUAACGUAGUCAACUUGUCCAAAUUUUACCGUAAUAAUCAUACUAGUGUACUUCACCGGAGGCCAAUAAAACAAUAAUGAAAUUGUCUUGCUCUAA